CUGGAAAUUUGUCUGGAAACCGUUCAUGGUUAUUCGCCGCGACUGAACCCCUUCAGAAACAGCAUCUUGAACAACAGUGCGGUUUUUGUUGAGUUGACAGAGAAAGAAAAACAGAACCAACGUCAAAACAACCCGUCAGACAAACACAAACACACCAACAUCUGACAGUUCAGCGCAGCAGACCAACAAACCCAUCACACAGUUCAUAUUUUGGUGUGAAAGGAAAUGAACUGCUCUCUGCGGAAAAGCAACAGCUCCCGUGUCUUCUCGGUCGUCGAGUUUACGUAGAAACCGCUGGAACCUUUGGUCUGAUCCGGAUUCCGGUGUCGCCGUCGCGAGUGUCGUCGAACAAACAAGUCGCGUGUGCCGUUUGGAGGUCGCCGUCGUCGUCGCGGAGGAAAAUUUCCCGUCGUCAUCGUCGCGAGAGGGGCAGGCCUUAUCGAAGGCAGCAGCCAGCACCAACUUGUCUGCGUAAUAACACAGAAGGAGAUUGGUCUACGGGUGUACGGCUAGCCAAGGUUGUAACUUUGUGGUCAAAUUGGGUUGCGAAUGCGAUCCGUGGAGUUGGCCUGGAGGUGCCGACCGGAGUGCAGAUUUGGGAUAUUUGGGCCGACCUUCGGUGUGAGCUAGAUUGCGCGGCCAGGGGCCUAAGCCUAGUGAGUUGAGCUAAGCGUAGAAGAGCUGUCUAGUGAAUUGAUUCGGAAGCAACUUUGGAAAAGGGCAUACGCCAGAAGCUAUCCCUUUCCAGCUAAAAGUGUUUUGGUGCGUAAAAGUGUGUGCUAUUUGUGGAAACUAAUCAACCUGCCCGUCCACCCCCCUAAAAAAGAAGUGUGUGGAGUGAGAGCAGUAAAUUUCAACAAGGAUUUCGUAAUACAAGAAACACCGUGAAGACCCGUGAAGACUAAGUUCGUACGCGCGCGCGUGUGUGUGUUCAAAGUAGAUUCAACAAUCUCAACAAAAAGAUUCGUUCCAAGAAGCUGCUGCGCAUUGGGACUCCCGCACGAUCGAGAUCAACUUUUUAAGCCGAAUCGCGAGGAUUAAUCCUGAACUCCAGCAAAAAUGACGAGAGCUGCACCAGCGAAACCUAAACCAGAAAAAGAGAAACGAAGGAACAACGAAAAGCGCAAGGAAAAAUCGCGCGACGCCGCCCGAUGUCGCCGGUCACGCGAGACGGAAAUCUUCCAGGAGCUGGCCGGGCUGUUGCCGAUGCCCCAGGAGGACGUCGAGCAUCUGGACAAGGCCAGCGUGAUGCGGCUGUCGAUUGCGUUCCUGCGCGUCCGCGACAUGCUCGAACUUUUUCCGGACAUUGGGAAGAAGGUGGCUGCCGAGCAAGAGAAGGAUGGCGAGGAUGUUGACCAGGACUCGAAGGCUGCGCUCAGCGAGUUGAUGAUUGAACAGGAACAGCUUGCGCUGCAAACGUUGGACGGAUUCUUGCUGGUUCUGUCCGCGGACGGUGAUGUCACGUACGUCUCGGAGAACGUUGGCGAGUUUCUGGGCAUUGCACAGAUUGACAUGAUGGGUCAACCGAUCUGGGACUACUCGCACCAGUGUGACCACGAAGAGUUGCGUGAGGCGCUGAACGGCCGUCACCACAGCCCGUCGGAGCUGGUCAAGGGAGUGGCCAAUAGCGAUUGUAAGCCGCAGGAAACGCGCGAUUUCUUCCUCAGGCUAAAGUGCACUCUGACGAGCCGCGGCCGUUCGGUCAACAUCAAGAGCGCCUCGUACAAGGUGAUCCACGUGACGGGCCACAUCGCGUGCAAGGAGGACGGUCAGCGCCAGCUGGUGGCCGUUGCGCGCCCUUUGCCGCACCCGUCCAACAUUGAGGUGCCGCUGGACGCUAGCACCUUUCUGAGCAAGCAUUCGCUGGACAUGAAGUUUAGCUACGUUGAUGAUAAAAUGUUCGCCCUGCUCGGGUACAACCCGGCCGAUCUGAUGGGCAAACCGCUGUACGAGUGUCACCACGGCAUCGAUUCGGAGCACUUGAUGGGCACCUUCAAGAACGUAAUCAGCAAGGGCCAGAGCGAAACAGCCCGGUACCGGUUCCUGGCCCGUACCGGGGGUUACGCCUGGGUCGUGACGCAGGCCACGCUCAUCUACGAUAAGCAAAAGCCCCACAGCAUCGUGUGCGUCAACUACGUCAUCAGGUAGGUGGACUCGUGCUCCAGUUGUUCUGUCUUUUUUCCUGUCAAAAAAAGUCGGUUUGAUAUCACAAGCGACGUCACACGUUCCGUACGUUCUGUCAAAAUGGCCCCAAAAUAGUGUUUUUUGGCUGUGAUUUAUUGGCCUACUGCGACUUUGAGUCUUUGGUCCUAUACUAGAACAACGACUUUCCUCUGUCCAGGUUCUGAGAGCUGAAAGCUAAAUCGGUUACGUUUAAGGUGUCUAUUUAUAUGCGUGUACGCACACGUGUGCGAGUGUCAAUCCCCGGGAACGAGCACGAAUAAAUCAUUGAGCAUCAUCAUCUCGGAGAGCUACCACAAAACAGAGACGGGGUUAUAAAAGCGGAACACGGAUUUAAAGCCGUUUAGACCAACCUGGGGAUUUGGCACCUCCCAGAAAGUGGUCCACCGUCGUGAUUUGCUGUGUUUUACGACUUCGAAGAGGGAUGAGGCAAUCACGUGACUGCGUGGCCCAAUCGUGCUGAACGGUUCUUGAUUUGUUUAAAGAGCUAAUUGCGUUCACGUGUAGGUUGCGAAUCCUGGCAUGACGUGCGUUGAAAUGGGUCAACCUGUGAUUUGAUCCUUAUCGUGCUUGAUGAGGGCAGCUUUAAAUCGUACGGAACAUUAAUUUUCCCGUCCGAAACUAAAGUUGAAUGAGGUUGGUAAACCUUGCGGACGAAGACCUUCGAACCCCAGAAAUAAUGACUACUUUUGUUGAAACGACUUUUGAAUAUGAUGCUCUUACCAGCUUUGGCCAAAAGCAGUUAUGACAUACAAUACCGGGCAAUUAUGUCUAAGCUCCGGAACAAAUGUCGAGUGCGCUCCUUCAGAGUGGAUCCCCGACUAGGUCGAGGGGGACAAAGCAGAACUUCGACCUUUUUAUUGUC